ACUUUGGAUAGACCAUCUGCGGUAGAAAACUUUCCAGGGAGUUUGCUCUGCGCGCCACGGCACUAACAAAGAUCGAAAGAACUACUACAUAAUUAAACAGAUUACGAAAUUGUAUAAACUAGAACAGCGCGCGCUUUUCAGGGACAGUACAAUCUCUCUCUCUCAAACUAACUCGCGUAUCACGCUUUGGCGCUCUCUCGAAGAAGGGAAAAGUUGAGUACGAACUAUUUAUUAUAAUAAAAAAUGAUUUUAACAACACCUCUCUAUGCCUCCAACAAUGUUCAAAUGGUCUUCACUCCCACUGUUUCUCAUCCUCCAAUCUCUACCUCUGCACUAAAACCUCUUUUAUUUCCACUUUCGUUUCACGCUAUGGCUACCAAAACGAGGAAGAGAACUAGAUCGCAUUCCUUUCGGAAAUUAAGUAUAGUAGCUUCCGCAACUCCAAAUGAAUCUCCAUUUUCUGCACCUGAACAGGAUAAGGAUUUACAAAGAAAGGGACCUGAUCUUCCAACACUGUGGAGAAGAUUUUGGAAAGUUGCAGCUCCAUAUUGGUCAUCAGAUGAUAAAGUCCAAGCUAGGCUACAAUUGGCUGCUGUUUUUGCUCUCACCCUGGGUACUACAGGAAUUAGUGUUGGAUUUAGUUUUCUUGGUCGGGAUUUCUACAAUGCACUUGCAAACAAAGAUCAAGAACAAUUUACAAAACAACUAUUGUACUACCUUGGCGGUUUUGCUGGAGGAAUUCCGUUCUUUGUAUUGAGAGAUUAUGCAAGAGAAACACUUGCUUUGAGAUGGAGGUCUUGGAUGACAAGCUAUUACAUGGAAAGAUAUCUUAAAAAUAGGACAUUUUACAAAAUCCAAUCUCAGUCAAUAAUUGACAAUCCAGACCAGCGGAUAGUUGAUGACUUAAGUUCCUUUACUGGAACAGCACUUUCAUUUUCUUUGACACUCUUCAAUGCUGCUGUAGACUUGAUAUCAUUUAGUAACAUCUUAUAUGGUAUCUACCCACCAUUGUUUGCUGUUCUUCUUGUAUACUCCCUUGGUGGAACAGCUAUAAGUGUAUUUCUUGGAAGGGGUCUAGUUAACUUAAAUUUUCUGCAAGAGAAAAAAGAAGCAGAUUUUCGUUAUGGACUUGUACGGGUUCGAGAGAAUGCUGAAUCAAUUGCUUUUUAUGGUGGAGAGGGAAAUGAAAUGCAACUUCUGUUGCAGCGCUUCAAAAGUGCUUUUGAGAACUUAACUAAAUUGUUGAUUUCCUCUAGAAAUCUGGAGUUCUUCACAAAUGGUUAUCGCUACCUGAUUCAGAUUCUGCCUGCUGCAGUUGUUGCUCCAAUGUACUUCUCUGGAAAAAUUGAAUUUGGAGUCAUCAACCAGUCUGUUUCUGCUUUUAAUCAUAUCCUUGGAGAUUUUUCCCUCAUCGUAUACCAAUUUCAGGCUAUCAGUGCCUUUUCAGCUGUCAUUGAUCGACUAGGUGAGUUUGAUGAUGUUCUUGACAAUAGCAGCAAUCAGGAUAUCUCUUAUUCCAGUGAAGAGAUUAGUGUUGUUUACAAGGAUGUAGAAACUUUGUCCUUACUGCAGUCAAAUGGAUCUAUGCUUCUGGACAAGUGCGACAAGUUGCUGGACAUUGAGAAUUUGACACUACAAACACCAAAAAGUAAAACUGUUCUUGUUAGAGACUUAUCAUUGGUAGUUAAAAAGAAAGAUCACUUAUUGGUAACAGGCCCUAGUGGUAGUGGCAAGACUUCAUUGUUAAGAGCUAUGGCUGGUCUUUGGAGUACUGGCAAGGGGAAAAUUACAUUCUAUAUUGAAGAUGCAAAGGAAACUCAAUCACCCAUUUCUCCAGAUAUGACACCUUCUGAAGUAAUCAACACAGAAAGGACAGAUGUAGAACUUGGCAUGUUUAGAUAUGGAAAAAAUCACGAUGCAUUUUUCCUUCCACAAAGACCAUAUAUGGUCUUAGGGACACUUCGACAGCAACUGCUUUAUCCGACAUGGGGUGAAGAUCCACUUCCAUUUUCAGUGAAUGCUAAAUCCACAGGCUCAUUGCCUUUCUUGAUGCAAGCACCACAGACAGAAUAUGCGGGAGAAAAGCCUAAGAAGCCCACUCUAGACGAUCUCAUUCGGGUUUUGGAGGAUGUACGCUUGGGUUAUAUUUUAUCUCGGCUUAAUGGUCUAGAUAAAACAUAUGAAUGGUCUAGUGUCCUUUCUCUUGGUGAGCAGCAACGCCUUGCAUUUGCACGCCUUUUGCUUUCAAAACCAAAAUUGGUACUCUUGGAUGAAUCUACCAGUGCUUUAGAUGAAGCCAAUGAGGUCUACUUACAAUUUAGAUUUAAGGUUCUGAAGGUACUUCAGUGCUGCACAAGUACUAUUGAGGGUAAUUGGGAGAGUAAAUAA